AUGGACGACGACGGCUCUCCAACCAAAACCGCCCCUAAAUUUACAAGAUGCAGGACCGGGUGUUUACGGUGUCGAAAGCGACGGCGGAAAUGCGACGAAGGAAAACCUCGCUGCCAAAAUUGUAUCGACAAGAACCUAGACUGUCAAUAUGGGUUGCAAGUUAGCUUCCUGCAGAAGAACACUUUCACGGUUACCGCAAGUGAACUGCGUACGCCCAAGCCUGAAGUGAAUUAUGACAAGAUCAAAUUUGUCCAGGAAGAUCCACUGGGCUGUACCACCGAUGCUUCCGUGGAGGAUUCGCCAUCCCCCGUUGCCAGCAUUCCGGAGGCACAUACUCAGAGUGAUCCUAUAGUUAGCACAGUAGUCAUCGCCGGCGAAAGAAAAGAUAGUGAUCGGAGGGAUAACCGUGACUUGGAUGAACACUAUGGUGAUGGGGGUAGUAUUCAUCAUGAUACCUUGGACUUAUCACAUUGGGAUGGAAGCCUCAACAUAUCGCCAGAUGGGACCCCUCACCAGGACAAGGAUGAUGCUGUUCAAGGCCUGCUGGCUCUAGGAUCAACAGCUGGUCCGAAUGGUAUCAUACCGGAGUCGACUAACCUGUCGCUGCUCAGUCCCAAUGUCACGUUAUCGUCGCUGAUGAAUACCCGGUCCUCGGAGGUAAAGGACAUUCCACUGCCAACAGUACCUACCGGACUUUUGGACAAUCCCAGACGUACGAGUAUUAAUGGACUGUCUACCUCCAUAAAUACAAGUAUCAGUAUUGAAUCGGAAGCCCGUAGACUCGAACUUCUCCGCCAUUACCGCUACCAUGUUGCUACUUGGCUUGAUAUUUGCGAUUUGAGACACCCAUUUGGAAUUAAUGUAAUUCAGAUGGCAAUGAGCUCAGACAAACUUCUCUCUGUGAUAUUAGCACUUUCCGAAACGUGCAUCAUUCAGCGGGGUCAGUGGAAUAGAGCAGGUCUUGAGCAGCUGGCCCUUCGAAAGAGCAACCAAUUGGACCAACUAGACUAUGAUCAUCCUGACUCCACGGAGCUUAUAUUGUUAUACCUUCUCGAAGAUAUUCGACGUCUAGUCACAGAUGUUCCAAAAGCUUGGAUCCACUGGGUGAAUAGGGAUGUCCCUUUUGUAAAUCACUUGGUUCAGCAUGCCUACAGUAAGAACAUGGAGUCGACUGCUUACUGGAUGUUUUUACGUAUAGACUUAGGAGUGGCACUCGCUAACGAUGUCCCCCUUCGAAUUCCGCUCCCAAUGCUCCCGAUUCCCAGCCUAUCAUUGUUAUCUCGUGCCGAGGAUGGCUGUGAAAGGGUUAGCCAUUAUACCAAUGCUGUCUUGUGGUUAUGUGGGAAGGCUUUAGCCUUAUGCCACCAAGAAGCUAUGCCACACCCUCUUGCGACUUCACAUGAGGUGAUGGAAAAUUGGUUGCAAGUGUUUGGGGAGCUUGAGCAGUGGCAGCAUUUGCGGCCACUAGAAUUCGAACCAAUGGUGGAGAUAGACGCGAGAGAUCAAGUACUCAAUCAAGGGAGCGAAUUCCCAUUGCUUCUAUUCGCAAACGGGGCUGGAACUUUCAGCAAUCAGAUAUACCAUACCGCAAUGCUGUUGUUGCUCCAGUGUAAGCCACGAACUGCACUGCUAAAUCACCCGCAGUCUCCAGUCCUAUCUCCUCUGUGGCACGCAUACCGUAUCUGCGGUAUCGCGCUCAAUAAUGAUACACGCGAAAGUUGGGUCCCGUGCUUGCUUGCCUCUCUCCUUCUUGCAGGGAAGCAUAUGACGCACGAAUCGCAGCAAGAGGAAAUCUUGCAAGGCUUUGAUCGCAUCCGUGGGAUCACCGGUUGGGAUACCGGCGAAUAUCUGAGCCACCUCCAAGAAGAAUGGUCGUUUCUCGACGGUCUUUGA